AUGGACUCACCAGAUAUCACCAUGAACCACACCCAAAGAACUUUCUUUCAGCAUCUUGUCACUCUACAGGGAAUAGAACAGAACCUGGAUGAGAACUGCACAACUUCUAUCACUGAUCCCAAACAAUGCAUCUUCCCUCAGUAUCUGUUGAAGUACAUAACGCCUCCAGUUUUCAUCUUAAACUCCGCCUACGAUGUAUACCAAUUGAUCGAGAAGCUUACUGGAAUGGAGCUGGUUGUUAUGAUUGUGUUACUCGUCAGCGCCAUGCUAACAUGCGCCGGAACGUCUGUUUCUUCCGAUGAUCGCCUUCUGGUGAACAUGACCGUGGUUCACAGCACUACGGUGCUUGGAGCUUAUUGCUUGGACGGUAGUUUACCAGCUUAUCAUAUACAUAGAGGAUUCGGCGCCGGAGCUCGCAACUGGCUUUUGCAAUUUGAGGGUGGUGGGUGGUGUAAUGAUAUUGAAACAUGUGCAGAGAGAGCUAAAACCCGUCGUGGAUCUACAAGACUAAUGAACAAGUUGGAGACCUUCUCCGGCAUUCUCAGUGAUAACCCCGACCACAAUCCUGACUUUAGUUUCCUUGACAACAAAACCAAAAUAAAUGAUGGUCCCAACUGA